CGGUCCGGUGCAUUGAUGAACAUACCGCUCCCCCCCUUCAGGCCUCCUCCCCCCUCCACCCACCGUUUCCGCAGCAACAGGGAAAAGAUGGCAGCCCUCGCCACCCUCACUCAGCUGUCAAGCGGGAACCCUGUAUAUGAAAGCUUUUACAGACAGGUGGACCCAGGAAACACUGGGAGGGUUGGACCCACAGAAGCUGCUAUGUUCUUGAAGAAAUCCGGUCUGCCAGAUAUCACUUUAGGGAAGAUAUGGGAUUUUGCAGAUCCAGAUGGCAAAGGUUUCUUGGAUAAGCAGGGAUUUUAUGUCGCACUGCGACUCGUGGCUUGUGCACAGAGUGGGCAUGACAUCAGUCUCAACAGUUUAAACCUCUCUGUUCCUCCUCCUAAAUUUAAGGAUCACAGCAGCCCAUCGCUAAGUUCUGUAACAUCAUCUAGUGAAAGUCACUGGGCAGUGCGGCAAGAGGAAAAGAGCAAGUUUGAUGGUAUUUUCGAAAGUCUUGCUCCAGUAAAUGGAUUACUGUCCGGUGAGAAAGUCAAACCAGUCCUAAUAAACUCCAAACUACCUGUGGAUGUCCUUGGAAAGGUGUGGGAUUUAAGUGAUAUAGACAAAGAUGGACACUUGGACAAGGAUGAGUUUGCAGUGGCUAUGCACCUGGUGUACCGCGCCCUGGAGAAAGAGCCUGUGCCCUCGGUUCUGCCCUCCUCCCUCAUCCCUCCAUCCAAAAGAAAGAAAUCAUCAGGUUCGCUGUCUGGCAUGGUGCCAGCGUUGCCAGGCAGCCCCCCGCCACCAAAAGACAGUCUGCGGUCCACUCCCUCUCACGGGAGCAUGAACUCCCUCAACAGUGCUGGGAGCUUGUCCCCGAAACACACCCUCAAAUCCUCACAGCAUUCUGUAAAUUGGGUGGUGCCAGUUGCAGACAGAGGGCGCUAUGAUGACAUCUUCCUCAAAACCGACAUGGACCUUGACGGUUUCGUCAGCGGCCAAGAAGUAAAAGACAUCUUCAUGCAGUCUGGGCUUCAUCAGAACGUCCUGGCACAUAUCUGGGCUUUAGCGGACACCAGACAAAUGGGCAAACUCACGCGUGAGCAGUUUUCCCUGGCCAUGCAUCUGAUUCAGCUCAAAGUGAUCAAAGGCUUGGACCCUCCACAGGCUCUGACUCCAGACAUGAUACCACCAUCUGAACGUGGCACGCCGGGGCCUAGUCUAUCAGGAUAUAUGACACCAGUGAGCUCUGAGAUGGCUGCAUUGACGGAGAUGCGCAGGGACAGCUCCAGUUCGGUGGGGUCUGGAGAGUUCACUGGGAUCAAAGAACUGGACGAUAUAAGCCAGGAGAUCGCGCAGCUGCAGAGUACUCUUGCUUUCACACACUGGGAGACGCUCAGAGAGAAAUACACAUUGGAACAGGACAUCAGAGAAGCAGAAGAGGCCAUUAGACACAAAACCACAGAGGUUCAGGACAUGCAGAACGAUCUGGACCGAGAGACAUCCAGCCUCCAAGAACUCGAGGCCCAGAAGCAGGAUGCCCAAGACCGACUGGAGGAGAUGGACCAGCAGAAGGCGAAGCUGGAAGACAUGCUCAACGACGUACGGCAGAAGUGUCAGGAAGAGUCGCAAAUGAUCUCCUCAUUACAGAGUCAGAUCCACUCGCAGGAGUCAGACCUGCAGAGCCAAGAGGAGGAACUGGGCCGGGCCAAGGCCGAUCUGAGCCGCCUGCAGCAGGAGGAGGCCCAGCUAGAGCAGAGCUUACAAGCUGGCAGGAUUCAGCUUGAAACCAUCAUCAAGUCUCUCAAAGCUACACAAGAUGAGAUUAACCAGGCUCGCAGCAAACUGUCUCAAAUUCAGGACAGCCAGCACGAGAUCAGCAAGAGUAUUGAGCAGUACAGCAGCACCCUGAACGGGACUCACGGGGGCAGCAUGACCAACCUGGCCGACAUGAGCGAAGGCUUCCCGGAGAAGGAGAACGGAGGAUUCGGGGCCAUGGAGGACCCCUUCAAGGUGAAGACCACUGUGUUCAACAGCGCCCCUCAGGAGAUGCACACAGACCCAUUCCAGUCUGAGGACCCUUUUAAAACAGACCCAUUUAAAGGUGAUCCUUUCCAGAACGACCCUUUCUCAAAGCAGACCUCCACCGUUGCAGAUCCGUUCGGAGGAGAUCCUUUUAAAGAGUCCGACCCAUUCAGGACGUCCUCUGAAGAUUUCUUCAAGAAGCCCUCCAAGCCGGACCCUUUUACCAACUCCGAUCCUUUUAGCAAAAGUGCCACUCUUCCCUCCAAGGGUCAUCACUUCCCAGGGAAUGACCCGUUUAGCUCCACCAGCCCCAAACCAAAAGGCCAAGCCGAUUUCUUUGGUACAUUGGAUCCGUUCGGAAGCAGUUCCUUCGGCAGUAACAGCGGAUUCGCAGACUUUAGCCAAAUGUCAAAGGGCUUUGUCGAUGACCCCUUCAGCCGAACGCAAGACAUGCCGGCCCUACCGCCCAAAAAAACCAUACCGCCACGGCCCAAACCACCCAGCGGUAAGAGCACUCCAGUAAACGUCCCCGGACCCACAGAUUCACCCAAGACGGCGGAUCCCUUCCAGCCCUUCGGCAGCGACCCUGGCGAUCCGUUUCAGAGUAAAAAGGGAGAUCCGUUUAGUGGCAAAGACCCAUUCGGUCCACCUGCUUCAAGUAAAGCCUCUAAAGACUCUACAUUGGGUUUUGCAGACUUCAGCUCUGAACUGAGCGUAAUAAGUUUGGGAAUGAAGCCCAGCAGAUGGAGUGGGCAAAGCGAGAAAGCGAAAGGGCGGAACGAGAGCGGCUAAAGAGACUUCGACAGCAGGAACAGGAAGAUCUGGAGCUGGCCAUUGCUCUUAGCAAAGCUGAGAUGUCCAAUGCAUGAUUGUUCACCACCUCCUCACCUUGGAUCCACCCUCUCUGUACACUAAAGCAUCGUGUGUGUGUGUGUGUGUGUGUGUGUGUGUGUGUGUGUGUGUGUGUGUGUGAAUAGUUAAACAUUAAAUAAGUUGGCAGGUCCUUAACAAAUUAAAACCUCUAUCCUGAUAUGUUUGUGUGUGUGUGUGGGGGGGUCUUUAGUUUGUGAGUCGGCUUAUUCACUCAACAUGCAUUGCAUGUUUCUCAGAUGGAGUUUAUUUAAAGCCUAUUGAAGUGUGUGUGGAUGCGUGUGAAUGUAACCUUGAGCCAUUGACGUUGAAGGCCAUUGUUGGUCUAUACAUUAUCGCCACUGUUUCUCAAAUUCGCUCUAUUUGGCGGGACUAGUAAACCACAAACAAGUUAGUGAAGUUUAAAAAGGGUUUGAUCCUAGGUAGGGUCGACCCAGAACUUGAAUUACUGUGACUACACUCCCUACCAUCAUCGAGCAAGGCACUUAAUUCCAGGUUUCUCCUGGGGAACUGAACUCAAUUGUAGUAUGCAUACAGUACGUCGAUUUGGAUAAAGACCGUCUGCCUAAAUAAUAAGUUACUGGCUUUAGCUAUAGUCAGUAUGGUACACACUGGAAUUAAAGCAGCGUCUAGCAGACUAAAUGUCUGAAAGGUACUCUCGAGGUGACGUAAAGCUGAAUAACCCGCAUUGUGAAUCUCUGUUAUAUGUAAGUGUCAUUUGAAAGCACUGUUUGAUUCAGACUUGAGCAAACUGAACGUGUCUGGUUUUCUUUUAACGUACGUUCUUUUAACGUAUUUGAGCAAAACAUUUAACAUAGCUUUGACAGACUGCACUGAUAUACUUUUAUUUCUUGAAGGGUUAUAAAAAAUCUAGCUAGGUUGUGCCGAUGCCUAUGUGAGGAAUCAAAUUAUUUUAUUUGCAAUUUUGGUUGGUAUGAUAAUACGCAGUUGCUAACAAAUUAAUUGAUUAGUCGAUGCACAAUCCUGUGUGGGUUCAAACUUGUAAAGUCGAAUAUCUAAAGCGAAUCCGCGAGUGGACCCAGACGGGAUACGUAGGGGUUUCCUCGCAAUUCCGAUCUACGUUAUUGAUUUAUGUGAUCAAAUAUGUUAAACUGAGCUGUGAUAGCUGAACUUUUAGUGAUAGCUGUAAGCACAAUCAUAUUGGUGAGAUAUUUAAUAAAACACAUAGGAGAUCAAACUUGGUGAACGAUGACGCAAAUUCGGCGCGGUACAUACUAGACUAAAAAUGUACGUUUUGGUAAUUUGCAGUUAGCUAAUCCCUAAAUUUUAAUCAGUGAAUUGGAUGCUGCUUUAUGGAUACGUUUUGUUGAUGGUAUUUGAAAUAUUCAAAACGUUACGAUUUAGUUUACGCAAUUCUUUAUAUAAAUGUUUAAAACAAACACAUAACUGGUACUUUAACACGUAUCCAAUCUAAAAAUGUUUGAAUAGCAUUGCGAGUAACUCCUGUGUGAUGUGGUCAAUCAUUAUGGGUAAAAUUAUUAAAGGGACACUUCACUUUUUUAUAAAUAUGCUAAUUUCCCAGCUCCCCGAGAGUUAAAAAUUUGAGUUUUACUGUUUUGGAAUACAUUCUGCUGAUCUCCGGGUCUGGUGCUACCACUUUUAGCAUAGCUUAGCAUAAUUAAUUGAAUCUGAUUAGAUCAUUAGCAUCGUGCUAAAAAUAACCAGAGUUUCAAUGUUUUUCCUAUUUAAAACUUGACUCUUUUGUAGCUACAUCGUGUACUAAGACCGAUGGCAAAUUAAAAGUUGCGAUUUUCUAGGCCGAUAUGGCUAGGAACUAUACUCUCAGUCUGGUGUAAUAAUCAAGGACUUUGCUGCCGUAACGUGGCUGCAGCAAGCGCAAUGAUAUUACACACUGCCCGAAAAUAGUCCCCUCGGUAACUUUUGGGCGGUCUUGGUACAAAAUGUAACUAAGAAGAGUCAAGUUUUAAAUAGGAAAAAUAUUGAAACUCUGGUCAUUUUUGCAUGUUUAGCUCGAUACUAAAUGGUCUUAUCAGAUUCAAUGAAUUAUGCUAAGCUAUGCUAAAAGUGGUACCGCCAGACCCGGAGAUCAGCUGAAUGGAUUCCAAAACGGGUGAAACUUUAGGGGAGCUUGAAAAUUAGCAAAUUUAAAAAUAAAAGUGUAGUGUUCCUUUAAUUUAGGUCCGAAUGGUGGUUAAUGUUUGGCGUCCAAUGUUUUGGACACAAAUGUGAGUGUGGUGUUAAAUGAACAACUGUGAUGUGUCCCUGUCAUAUUUUUGUCAUGUUUUUAAACCUCUUCUUGUUUUUGUGUUGAAAUCAGCUCUUCAGCGUUUGUCAUGUUAGUGUUACACUCAACAGUGUUAUUUUAAUAAAUAUGUAACGUGUAUGUACUUGGGACCUAGUUUACAAUGAAACUAUAUUAAGUGGUGGUUUUUCGCAAGAAACCCAACCUUGAUCGAGCCUACUUGAUUUUAGAAGUACACUAAUUUCAAACUAAGUGUGUAUCAGUUCAGUAACCUAUGUUACAACAAAACAGUAACUUUACAGAUAAAGCCUAUACUCUGUUUGUAAUGGGCCUAUACUGUAUUUUGCUGUUACGAAAAGUUUAAUGAGAAACUUUGUGUUUUUAUCCAUUUCGUUAGAAUUUCUUAUGCUGUGUUUGUACUUUAUACCUCCAUUGUGCAAUAGUUUGUAUAUUUUAUUUGUUGUAAUACCUGUAAAUUCAUUUCAAGUUUUCAUAUAAUUUUAUUAUCCAUGUCAUUUUUUUUUUAACAAUUAAAGUAUUUUUUGUUUAUGUGUCAUAAUUUAGGGCUUAUAUGUCCUGCUAAACUGAAGCUGAACGCGUUCCUUGUCAGCCUGCCUUUAACCCUCACAUGUGUAGAUAAGACAGAUAUUAACCUGAUAGAGAAAUGCAUAAAAAACUAUACGGAAGCCAUGUAUAUUGUGUUAUUUUUGUCCUAUGUAACAUAACUGCACAUGUGUAAUCCGACACAUUUUAAGGAUUUCAGAGUGCAUUGAUAAAGAUUAGUCAUGCUUGGAUUUCUUCGGAAAUGCUCACGCUCGGUACGUUAUUGUCCCUUGAUUUCGCGGAAUAAAAAGAAGAUAACAUUU